AUGUCCCACAGAGACGUCUUCGCCACGACAAGGGCACGUUCAAACAUACUCCCUUGUAGAAGGAAAUUGAUGAAGCGACCUAAACCAGCCAACAAGUCAAAUUUUCUUCUUCAUCUCUCAACGUUCAAGAUGCUUUUACACAUUGUCUUUCUACCUUGGCUUCUCUUCUUCCUCGUUCCCUCGUCAACAUCAACCACCGCUAACAUGAACCACACUCCCAAAAGGGCCACUGAGAAGGGCAAAGACCUUUACAUCGUGUUUCCCAAACAAGGUACCGACACUGCUGCAACCAUGGAAUUCAUCAAGUCAACUGUCAACAAUCAUGACCUCCACCCCUGGACCGACGUCCAUGAGCAGUUGAUGUCGUGGACAGUCGAGGCCUCGCCGAGCGAAGUUGCUCAGCUAGAGGGCCAUGACGGCAUUGAUCGCGUGACCAAGCUGGAGAUUCCAAAGCAUCACAACAGAGUGAGACAAGAUGAUUCUUUGCAACAAAAAUCCACCAUCUACCCUGUGGAUGGUCGGAACCUGGACCAGUGCAACGCAACCAGUGCCUCUCUCAAGGCCCUCCUCGACGGUAAGGUAGAUGGACCUAGGAUAUGGGACGGCAGGGUUGAGGGCUGGGUAGCCCUCUUGACCAAGGCUCAGGUGGAGCAAGUUGAGGCCAUUGAUGGCGUUAAAGUUGUGCACCCAGUUCAUAAGGGUAGGCGAUGCCGUGUGGCUCGAGGACUUCGAAAGCCGUCGACUUCUCCAAAGGCACCGGGCCCUUUGGAAAGACGAGGUACCAUGUACGAGACGCAGCAGGACGCUGCUCCUGAGUUGGUUGCCGUCAGCCAGCCGAGCACAAUCCCAGUCUUACGGGACCUCAAGCACUACAUGUAUGAGAGCCAUGCAGGAGGAGGAAGCUACAUAUAUCACAUCGAGACAGGUGUAGCUUUUGAGGCUCAACACCAGGAAUUCCCAAAUAUCGCCCCACAGCAUCUCCUAACCCAGCAAGCAAUCGACAACCACGAGGAACCUGGAGAGGACGAUGAAGAAGAUGAUCCAUCGCAUGGCACCUGUAGCGCAGGCAAAGCACUCGGAACUCAGUUCGGGGCUUCUAAGAAGGCUAUGCUUGUGGUAGUCAGGCUCUACCUCAUUGAUACCGACGAGUUCAGGGAAGCCCUAGAUCUCAUUAUUCACGACCUCGACGAACAUCCUGAACGACGUAAGAAGAGCGUCGUUACCAUGUCACUCAGUAUCGGCCAGGAUUGGGAGGAUGGCCUGAUAGACCAGAUACGAGGGCGACUGAACGCACUCUUCGACAGGGAUGUUCCUUUUGUCUGCAACUCAGGCAACAUCGACCCAGUCGAGAACGAUAGCGAGGAGGUAAACGAGUAUCCGGCACUGCUCGAGGGGCCUGAUUUCCCACUCAUUGUUGUUGGCUCUGUUAAUUCCGAAGGCGCGCUAUCUGAUUUCUCUCAACGUGGACCCCAUGUGACUCUUCACGCUGUGGGGGAGGAUAUUCUUUGUCUGCCAAAGGACUCACAAACACCCAUGAGAAAGGAUGGUACAUCAUUUGCUGCGCCGCUGGUUGCUGGCGAGAUUGCCAAUCUCCUCUCGUAUGAAACGGUGCCGUUUGAUACCAGUGAUGGCAGCCUUGUUAAGAACCUCAAGGCAUAUCUUCAAUCCGACAAGGGAAGCAGGGAGCGAGUACCAGGCAUCCGCGUGCUCUGGAACGGCGUCACCGAGGAAACCCACAACUCCAAGGAGCAUGCCCAGUGCAACACCCUUCAGGCCGAUAUCUACGUUGAGCGAGACGAUGUGAAGAGCUUGAUUGAGAACGAAUUUUGCCCCGAUGCAACAGUGCGGCGUGAUCUACAACAAGAUUCAUUCUCCAUCUCACGAACUUACAACGAGGGUACGCCCAACAAGGUUACCCUCUCGAUGGAUCUCGAAACAGGCUCCAGCGUCAAGUAUAACGGAGACGACUGCAUCAAGUACCUCAUGAUGGCGGUGGACGGCUGUGACCCCUCCUCCGAAGUCAACCCAGCAAACUACAAGGCCGGAGGCUUGAUAACUAUCGGUGGCGAUAGAUAUCGUGUCUCUCCUGGCACCCUCCGCUCAGCUGCUGAGAAAGGGAAACAGGCAGGCUGCGAUAGUGCCUAUAAGGUCUUUUUCAAUGAGUACUGGGUCUGGGGCCAUGGCUGGGCUAGUUCUGAUAAUGGCAAGUCGCUUCAGGACGAGGUCGAAGGUUGUGCACUGCUUCCUGAUACAUGGAGCUUCGAAUAUGGACUUGGCGACGAUGGACGCGAGUGGACCGCCAAGUUUCGCACUGGCGUCUUUCAGAAGAGCUGUGUAGGGAACGCUCUGAAAACAGCAGCUGGCAUUGACGGCGUGGGAUGUCAUGGCUCCGGGUAA